GCUGCAUGGGAAGACGGACUGGAUGUCUGUGCAUUUGGUUGGGCAUCUGAUGGGAAAAUUUACCUUCCUACCCGUUACCCUAGACCUGGCUGUGGGGGUAGCAGAGCCCUGACAUCUGGAUACAAGGGCUGGAUUGACCAAAAUGCUGGUGGGAAGGCAGAUGUUUAUUGUUUCAAGCUGUAACUUUAUCAUGAAAAUACUGCCAGCCAAAAAUUGGUGAAUAAAUUGUAGAAGCAGA